GUGAGCAUAACAGAAGGCUCGUUUAACUGUGGUUGUGAGACGUCGCUGUCAUUAAGUGCCGAGCACAUGUGUUGUGAGGCGUGACAGGUGUUGCAGUCGCGUGUGAAGCUAGCAACAGGUGUUGCUGUAGUUGCUGAAGCUUGAGCUUUACUUGGCCGAGCUGUUUUCCAGGGCAGCUAACGCGGAGCCAUGGAGGAGGCCGACAUUCGGGGCAGGCUGCUGGCCCUCAGUCACACCUUCAGAAUUUCCAGUGAGGACAUGUUCUUCAUGGAAAUGUGCUGUGGGAUUAAAAUCCAUCAUAUUAUAGUGCGAAGACACAGCCAGCUAGCUUGGCAUCAGUCACUGGAAGUCAGAUCCAGAUACAGAAUAACAAAUUUGAAAACCUUCGUUUUGUUUAAGGACAAAUAUAAUAUACCGGUAUUACUUACAACUCGUUUGUCCAUGCUGACACAGUUGGAAGAAGAUGAGCGUGAUGAUGAUCUUGAUGUAAAACAAGAUAAAGACCUCAUUUCUUAUAAGGGAACCAUAACUGGUGUUGUAGACGAAGAGGCUGGAAUUUAUGAACUUGAUGGUCGACACCGCCUGAUUGUUUCCUAUCUGAUUGAUUUUGCUGGAGAACUAUACACUGAGAAUUUGGCCGAGUCUAGAACAUGUAAAUCUCUUGAAAAAGGAGACUCCAUUACAGUCUACCAUGCUCACUACUUAAGGAUUUCUGGAAUAUUUCAUCUCGUAUGCUGUGCACGGAGCUUGGUGAGAAAGAUUAGGAAGACCCCAGUCCACACACACAACAAGAGGAGUGAGAGCUCUAUUGUGGAUUCUGUGCACUUGUAUAAUCCUGGCAUUCGUGGCAUCAUUUGGCUCUUGGAUCUCCAGAAUAGCUUGAUAAGUGCCCUCUGCCCAAAGUUUGUGGAUGAGAAGCUUAUUAGAAGGAGAAACUGGAAUGGAGCUUGCAAGAGCUUGCUGUCUAAUUUAAUUAAAGAAGGUGCCAGGCGGAAUCUGCUCAAGAGAGAGUCCCGCUCCCUUUACCAGGAAUUCAUGUCGCACUACGAGUGCAUCGUCAAUCAAGAUUUUGUGGCUCCCUUUACUGCAGUUACUUUGGACAGCUUGAAAACAAAUAUAAAUCCUGAAAGUGUUGCAGGAUGUGAAGCACCGACACUUUGGCAUCAUGUUGUUGUUGAUGGUAACGAGUCCAAGGUACUGGUGGGGAAGCUUGUCUGCGGUGACAGUGGUGUCCUGCAGGUGUGUCAGCAGACAUCACAGGUACCGCUAGAUCUCCUUAUUGUUGGUAAUAAAGAAAAUGUAUUUCAUAAAGUUGGUGCAGUUGUGGCACUUUUUAAUUUUAUUGUUGUUAUAGAAGAAUUCAAUAUAUUUGGUAAAAUAUCUGUGGAAAGUGUAUGCAAGAAGUAUAUUAUGAUUAAGAGUUCAGAUGUAGUAAUUUUAAAAGAAUCUGUUAAUAUGCCACAAAAACUUAUUGCUAGCAGUGAGAUGGGUUCUUUAUAUAAUAUCAAAAUAAUUUCCAAAUCUUGCAUAGUAUUCAAUAAUUUCCAGUCCUCAAAAGGAGUAUCAGGAAAUGAAAUUUGUGAUAUGUUUUUCAUAGCCCGUGCAGUAGUAAUGAGAUUGCAGCAACGCACUGUGCUAGACGAGAUGCGACAAACUUUUGUUAGAUUUUCUGGUAGCAAUGCAUUAAUACAUUCAUGCGUUCAAGAAGGGCACCAGUGUCUGAUCAAAAUCCCUGAGUCAGAAAAUGCUGAAUUGUUAAUGAAAAAAACCCAUUCAAAUUCCUGGCUAAGACCCCUUCAGAGUCACUUUGGUACAUGUGAAUGCCUUUAUAUUCCAGAUUGUGUUUCCGUAGUAGAUGUCACAAAUGAAAAUUGCCACCAGACUGAAUUAAGUGUAACUCAAAUUUUGAAGCCAGAGUUUGAUAAUCAUGGGCUAAUUUCUGUUAUUGGUACUGUGAAAGAAAGGGCACAUAUGACUCCUAAAUUUAUUUCUGAAAUCAGAUGUUUUACAGUAGAUGCAGCCAAUAAAUACCAUGUUGGUGUUCCAGGGAGCAAAAUUAUAAGAGUUUUACUUGAAGAUCAAGAAAAUUCAAAUAGUGAAAUAUGGCUGUAUUUAAAUAGCACUUCUAAUAAUUUUAUACAACAUUACCCAUUAGGAAUAAUUCCUGGGGUAUCAGUUAUUGCAUCUAGUGUUAAAAGGAAUGUCUCGAAGGCAAACAAAGUUUACCUUCAGGGCACAGUGUUUACGUGUCUUGUGCCCGUAGCCCUACCUGCUCCCAUUUCAAAUCUGCCUCAUAGGAAGAGAAAAAAAUUUGUUUAUCUUCGAGAUGCACCUCAACAUGGAGCAUUUGUUUGUUUUGCUACUGUUGGACGAAUAAUUAAAGUCAGUUUGAAAUCGGUGUGCUGCUUUUGUAAUUCGGACAUGGUCGAAGGGUCGUGCACUUACGUUGGUUGUCAUGCACAGCCAACAGGCAAAAUUGUUGCUGCUGCUCAAGUGAUUAUUGAUGAUGGCACUUCAACUGCAUUAGUCUUUAUUGAUUCUGUUGACCAAGUACAAAUUCUUUUACAACUUAGUCAUCAACAGUUUAAAUUAUUAGAAAAUAAUAUUAUUUCAGGAUUUCAUCAGUUAACCUACUUAUCAAUUAAGAGGAGGGAUCGUGAAUUAGGCAAUUCCCAAAUACUUCUGGCAUCUGUAUCUUCCAAGGUUUUUGAGAAACUCUGCUCCAAUGACCAGUUAUUGAGACCUCUAACAUUCACAUGCCGGAGAUUUAGUUCACAGUCACAAGGGCCCAGUCGGUAUAAAGAUCGUUUACAUUUAUACUGUUUGGAGUUAUCAGAGAUUCAUCCAAAUGUUGACAGUGAAAAACUGGUAAAACAUGCAAAGAAAUAAUGCACUUGUAUUUUUUCAUAAAUUAGUGAUUGUUUUCUAUUUUAUAGCAGAAAAAACUUUGUCCAGACAUUAUUGAUUGUUCAUAUUCAUUCCAUCUCUCAUAAAUUCAGAUUUUCCUCCAUUUUGCAUAAAUCAUUCUCAUUUUCUGUGUUUGAGGUGGGUAAGCAUUCAUAUUGAAUAGAAAAUUAUUGUUCAGUAAUUAGAUAUCAGUGAUUCGUGUGUGUAAUUUUUGAUAAUGAUAAAUUCUGCACUUGGAAAUGUCGAAAUGCUGUGUGGUUGUACCAGUCUGUUAUUUUGACUGUUUCAUACACGAGAUGUAUAAUACACCACAUUUUCAUCAUACAUUGUCUCCUAGCAAGCUACUUCCACUCAGUAUUGUUCCUUCACACAUCUUGUCUUCCUAGAGUGUGGAUGUGUGGAGUACAGUAGUCUGUGCUGUGUAAGACGUUAAUGGAAGUGCGAUCGAACGAGAACCAUUAUAGUAUUUGGAAAAAAAAUGCAAUUAUGGUAAUUUUCUUGUAAAACCUAAAACUACCCAAUUUUUGUUUUCAUAAAUAUUUGUGUGGAUUACAUGGUGCUGGGAUGUGUGUUAUUUUGAAAUCUCUGUAUUCUUGACCUUUUUCUAUACUGUUUUUGUAUUGGGUGUGUAACUGCCUCCUCUCCUCACUUCACUAAAGUUGGAGAAUGUGGAAGUUUUAGAAUGCUGCAAAUCAAUAAUUGGACCAAAUGAUCAACUUGAUUUGGUGGCACCUUUUAAUAAUUACUUUCUCAUAACUUGAGGCAGUUGAAGAGUAUCUUGCCAGUCUUAAUUAUUUGUGUGCAUGCCUAUAUUUUCUCACAUGUUUAUUGCAUGUUUAACUAUAUUUUAUUAUUUAACAAAUUGGGAUACAAGGAUAAACGUUCUUAUACAGUAAUAAAAUCCAUUAUACUGUAUAGUAUUAAGAAGCUUUGUUCUGUAUUACUGUAUGUUAAUAAUUCUAUUUAAUGUUGAAAAACUGCAUGAUGUGUAUUUUAGCUUGCUAUAAUUCAUAGAAGAAUUAAUAUAAAUUAAUUUUCAUAAAAGUUCAUAUUUUAUUUAUUAAAAGAUUAUU